AUGGAGGAGAUGCAUGCGAUAAAGUUGAGCAAUGCAUUGGAGCUCAAGGAAAGGACUGUCCGCAUCCUCGAGUCCAUCGAAGACCAAGCUGCAGAACAGAUGCGUGCAGCACAGGCACGUCAGCUUCUGGACGAAGAAGAAAUGGCGUCCUUCAAAAGACGCCGUCUUCUGGAGGAAGAAGAGAUAGCGUCGGCUAAAAUCCGCCGACAAAUAAAUGAAGAGGAACUGGCCUCGGCCAAAACACGUCGGGAGAUGGAUGAAGCCAACACAAGGCUCAUCAAAAUAAAUGCGAUGAUUGCUGAAAGAAAGCUUUUGUCUUUUGAUGUCAGUAGCAUCUCGGACCCUGCCGCCCGCAAGAAGUUCUUGGACUUACAGCCGCAGGUUAUGGAAGAUAAUACUGACAGCAAAUAA